ACAUGGGUGACAUUAGAAGUCUGCGCCCCCCUCCUUUGUAGGAGCAGGGAUGGCACUUCCCAAAGGAAAUGUGUCUACCAGGGCAUGUUUAGAGGGACAAGGGGCAGCAUGACUUCUAGAACCUCUGAAUCCCAGCUCUGUGUGGUCACAUGACGCCACUCUCCUUGGGUUUGAAUCCAGCCAGAAGACUCCAGCCCUGUCAGUGAGGUACUGCUCAGUCCCUGGGACACCCGGGUACUCUGCAGGCACAAGCGGGAGGGCAAUGCUGCCAUCUGGGACGGAGGACUUAGGGCAGAUGUCAGUCUGGGAGAUGUGAGGAGAAGGCAGACUGUGAGCCAUCACCCCCUACACCCCAGUACUUAUGCUGGCCACGGUCCAGGAAACAGGAAGUGACUCUAGGAUCAGUUAUAAGCCACUUCCGAGGCUUUGCGGGGCUCGGGGAUGUAUGAACAGUGCAAAACACAGGCGGACCAUUCCGUGGCAGAGAAGAAUGCAGGAAAACACACUGGCACGAUGAACUGUGGCCUUGAGACUUUAAAUUAUGAGCACCUGCCUGUGUCCAUGUUGGGACAGCUCAAUGGAUGAUGCUGCUCCCACAGGCCCUCCUGCCAGCAGAGAAACAGAGACCUACAGUCCUCUGCUGGGGAAUGAAAUAUUCAGUUUGAUGGCUCAGGAAGGUGACGCUUCCUUCCUUGUCCCAGCCCUACUAUAAAGAGUAGCCGGAACAUUGGCAGUGGCCCCACAAGGCUGCAGAUUGCACUGAACAGACCAGCAAACAAGGUGGUCCUCAGUGAACUGAAUUGCCCUUGGUAAGGAUGCAGGCCUGUGUGCUGUGGUGGCUGGCCCUUGGCAUGCUGCUGGGGAUUCCUGCAGGAGCCAAGCCAAUGCCAGAGGAAGCAGAUCCCCACACACAGCCACCAGCUAUGCCCUACUGGCCUUUCUCCACCUCUGACUUCUGGAACUACGUGCAAUAUUUCCAGACCCAGGGCGCCUACCCACAGAUCGAGGACAUGGCCAGAACCUUCUUUGCACACUUUCCUCUGGGGAGCACCCUAGGCUUCCAUGUUCCCUACCAGGAGGAUUGAGCAGUGUCUAGUCUUCUGCCUCCCUGGCUGCACUGCCCGGGGCUGAAGGUAGUUCAGAGACACGGGGGGUGGGGGGAGUGGAGCACAUGAGCAAUAAACUCUCUCUGAAGCUGCA